CAAUAAAAUAUUUGUGCUUAAAAUUGUAUUUGCAAUGGGCGAAGUUAUAGAGAUUUUUGACGAUAGCGUUAUAAUGCUGGACGACUCAACAGACGUCGAUGCCGAAAAGGCCGCCGAGAUAGAGGAUGGUGAGGUAGAUGACGAGGCAGAUGAUGAAGAGGUAGGGGCGACGACCGAAACUGCCGCCACUUUUGCAACUGAAAAUCCAACCGUAGAUGAUCUUGAUCCCCAACCCGCCUUUGAAAUUAAAUUCCGUAACAGGGAAUUGUAUGACAAGCUGCACGGGCGCUUGCUAGAUUUGAUGCAGCGCAAAUUUGCAGAAGAAAAUUUUACAUUUAAAACACCGACUUUGACGAACGGAGAGGAAACUACCGAUGAUCUUAGCAUAAGUGUAUAUACAGUAUCGGAGACUUCACCAGCAGAACCAACAAUAGCUGAUAACGAUCUUUUCCACAUUGACACUAAACCAAUGGAGAAAUUGAAUGCUGCGCACGUUCCAUCUUACAAACGUUCCUACUCGGAGGUGCUGGACGAGGAAACAGAACUGCGCAAGAAACUAAAAGCUGAAGAAGCUGACAAAUGCUUUCGUCCGAAGGUACAGAAUUCUUGCUUCAACUGUGGCCAACCGGGUCAUUCUCUUCGCAGUUGCCCGAAGCCGCGGAACAAUUCCAGAAUUCAGCGGGCUCGGAAAAGUCGUACAGAGCGUUAUCACGUAGAUGUAGAGCAGCGGUUGGCGCAUAUACGACCGGGGAAAAUUAGCACUAAAACACGUCUUGCCAUGGGCUAUAGUCGAGGCGAAGUUCCCUUUAUGUUUUAUCGUAUGCGAGUCUUGGGCUAUCCACCUGCUUGGCUUGAAGAAGCUAAGGUGCAAAGCUCGGGGCUCUCGCUUUUCAAUGCCGAUGGCACGGAGGUACUAAAAUCAGAUGACGAGGAAGGUGAAGCUGAUACUUUCAAGUAUGACAUUAACAAAAUUGUGGAUUUUCCGGGCUUCAAUGUAGAUCUUGGACCCAAGUUCUAUGAUGAUUAUAAGCAUCACAAUGUUCCACCCUUUCAGGAAAAAGAUCUUAAAGAAAAUUUUAUUAAGUCACUUGGCGAAAAUGUCAUAAAAGGCUACAAACGCAGAAAACUAAAAAAUCUACCCACUGUACACGAUGGAACAAAGGCAGAAACUUCCACGACCUUAGGUGUGGGGGACAUGGAAUUGGAAGAUGAUGCUGAGGACCAACCUGCCCUAGUACCUCCUCCAUUGCCAACAGAAGCUCCUCCAGAAUAUAAAAAACCAUUGCCCCCGGGUUUUCCACCGACUGAGUCUGAGGCUAAAGAGGAACGUGCCCCAUCACCCACACUCGAAGACUUGCAAGCACAACAAGCGCAAUUAUUACACCAAUUAGAGUCGAACAGUACGAUAGAUCUUAGCAAUUUGACGGUUGAUAGCCCAUCAAAAUCUCCGACUGUUUUGGAAUCAAGUUCAUCCGAACAGAUACCAGCGUCCACGCCAUUUAAAGCCUCGUAUGCUGGCACGCCAAUUCUCAAGUUUUCUGUUUAUGACAAACUUCCAGUGGGUGAUAAUUUCAAAAAGGGUGUCAGUGAUGUUAUCAAUUUCGAGAAUUUGCCUGAUUCUACAGGUAAAUACGAGCAAAUGAAAGGAGUGCUAAAAAAUGUGCGCGACGCAAUGGUGCGAUUACAAAAUGAAGAUGAAUGACCGUAUUAACGUGGCAUUAACCAAUUGAUCAAAUAUUUAUUUAUUAUUAUAUUAAUUUUGGGAAAUUUAUUUACCAAUGUACGAGAUUCCACUGUCGAUGUUAAAUUUUUCUUUGUAUAUUCUUUUACAACAUGCU